CGUCUGCCCGCAGCCAAGAUGGCGCCGGCCGCGUUUCCUGCCCGGCGCCCAGCCGCAGCGCCCGGCAUGCUCCGCGCGGCGCCGGGCCGGGCCCAGAGGUGCCGAGAUGGCGGACCUGGAGGAGCGGGUGUCGGACGACGAGAAGGUGCGUAUAGCUGCAAAAUUCAUCACUCAUGCACCCCCUGGAGAAUUCAAUGAAGUAUUCAAUGAUGUCCGGUUAUUGCUCAACAAUGACAAUCUUCUCAGGGAAGGAGCAGCACAUGCAUUUGCACAGUACAACAUGGAUCAGUUCACUCCUGUGAAGAUAGAAGGGUAUGAUGACCAGGUGUUAAUCACAGAACAUGGUGAUCUGGGCAACGGCAGAUUUUUAGACCCAAGAAACAAAAUCUCUUUUAAGUUUGAUCAUUUAAGGAAAGAAGCAAGUGAUCCCCAGCCUGAGGACACAGAAUCAGCUUUAAAACAAUGGAGAGAUGCCUGCGACAGUGCAUUGAGAGCUUAUGUGAAAGAUCAUUACCCAAAUGGCUUCUGUACUGUUUAUGGUAAAUCUAUAGAUGGACAGCAGACAAUUAUUGCCUGUAUUGAGAGCCACCAGUUCCAGCCCAAAAAUUUCUGGAAUGGUCGUUGGAGAUCAGAAUGGAAGUUUACCAUCACCCCACCAACAGCUCAGGUGGCUGCAGUGCUCAAGAUCCAGGUUCAUUAUUAUGAAGAUGGUAAUGUUCAACUGGUUAGUCAUAAAGAUAUCCAGGACUCUGUACAGGUUUCAAGUGAUGUCCAGACAGCUAAGGAAUUUAUUAAGAUAAUAGAAAACGCAGAAAACGAGUAUCAGACAGCAAUCAGCGAGAACUACCAGACUAUGUCAGACACCACUUUCAAAGCCUUACGCCGGCAGCUACCUGUCACCCGCACCAAGAUAGACUGGAACAAAAUCCUCAGCUACAAGAUUGGCAAAGAAAUGCAGAAUGCUUAAUGUGGAAAUAAGGAGAUUUAUGAAACGUUUGUGUGCAAAAAACAAAUGUGGUCCUAUGCCAAGUAGAUGGUUCCUAAACCAGUGCAGGAUUUUUCUAGGGCUUUCAAAGUUAACAGGUUUUCUAGCCUCAGAGAAAACUGUGGAACAAAUAGCGUUGUCUUUGUGUUUUGUGUUUCCUGCCGCAUAAACUUCCUGUUGUGACUGCAUAUACUGAUAGGUUGUUUUAAUUAAACCACAUUCAUGGUUCAGAAGUAUAGCUGUUUUCAAUCACUAAUUGUACUGGUUGGAAAACUUCCUAGCUGGAAAAGCCCUACUAUAAAUACAGCUGAGGGUGCAGAGCAUUUCCUUCACCUGUAUACAGCACUCCAGGUACUCCAGUAACUUUGUCAAAUCUGCCAACAGCUCAAGGCGCUAUGCUGCAAGAUAUAGUAAUGCAAGAGACAGUAAGUGCUCCUAUGUAUCCUUACUACUGACCUCCACAAAGCAAAAAGCCUGUAGGCUUAGAUUUUACUAUACAAAAUGAGUUUACAAAAUCCAUUACAGAAAUCCCUACAAAGCCAGCUCUUCCAGGGUCUCUUUUUAAUCUGAAGAUUUGAGCCACGUUCUCUGAAAGUGAACGUUUUUGCUCUUCUUUCCCUCAUGUAUGUACGGUUAUCGGACGUCUGCAUUUUUACAGGCUGCAAGCAUCUGUGUUGGAUCACUGCUGAUCCAUGUAGACUGGAUGAAGAUUAAAAUGCAAAUGUCUACAGAAUAAUAGGUGUGUUGCGCUUUAAUGCUUUGUGGCAGGUUCAUAGAAUUUGUAUCACAGGUGUAUGGAUGGAUAGUGUACAAAAUAAAUAAACUUGCACCAAAGUGAGAGAAA